UCAGACUUAAUCCCGAAUUUGUCUUAUCUGCCACUGUUUUCAAACUCGUUUUCCACUGCUUGAGUGAGAGCGAAAGGUCCCUUUUUUCCUCUUAGCCCACUUGUCCAUGUGAACCGUAAAUAGUGGCGAUUGUGUUCGCAAAAUCUGCAACUAAUCGUAUUAUCUCAACGUUCGCCUUUAUUGGGAUCUUUAUUUGUUAGAGGGUCGCCAGAGCCCGGGCCGAACUCCAAGCUCUUUCCCCGGGUCAACAUGCUCAAUGGGGGCUGGUCCGAUGUGCAGACCCUGCGCCUUUUGUUUCCCGGAGUUAUUUUACAACACUUGCGUCGUGUAUGAGGGCGUGAAAAACAAGUUGCCAUUAAGUGCACAAACAUUCUGAUUAAUCCAUAGCGUACCCACGUUGUUUCAACACACACGCCGACCCGCAAAAGUGAAAGGAAAAUAAAGGGGAAGAGUUACAUAAAAGAUGAAAGGCUUUUAGGAUGGUCAUGUUGACAAAGCAUGUCGACUUUUAGAUGUGUGUUUAUCUGUUUUAAGAACUUUUAUUCUUCUCUGACCGGGGGUGCUCCAAAACGAGCUUCCGGAUGAGUGGCAGAGGACUCGAUGCUAUGAUAUUUUUGGAGGAUGCAUUUGUCGAUGGGCUGACAACAUAAUAGGUGACGGCAUCUCGAAAAUCAAAUCGAGAGUCCUUAAUCGCUUAUGUACAUCUAUUUAAUGACGUCAUAGUCGGGAGCAGAAGAAGAUCCGAACAAGGAAAAAGGAAGGAGGGAGUAUAUUGUAGAAUCAGGAAUGUGGCUGAGUUGACCAGGGGUAAAGAAAGUGAGGAUGUUUUUUGAUCUCUCCAUGGUUCCCGAUAUUUAAGUUGAAGUCCGCCCGGUCACUCGGCUUCCAUCGGCUUCGCAGGGCGCACGUCUGCAACACCACCGGCACCUUUUCACAAGUGUUCAUGCAGAGUACUUGCCUGGUAUAUAUCGCGAUAUCGUCAUAUCCUGAUGCUUGCUUCAUAAUAUACAGGAGCUUCUUUUAUCUCAAGUAACACAAAUAUCACCUGACACCAACUCUCGACCAUGUCGACAUCCAAGAGAGGACGAUAAGUGACUAACACCUUAGGGCGAGAAAGAAUAAACCAUACCGAGCAACAAUUUAAUUCAAGUUCUUAGACUGCUUCCAACAACUGUACAUCAAGUAAUUGAUUUCUGGUUUUACUUUCCCAUGCAUUUCUUACACAAUUACGAGGUUUCGACUUAAAUCGACUUACUUAUAGGCGAAUUUACAAGUCAUGUACUAAAUCCAUUAAGGUUACACAACCACAGCAAUCAUAUCUGUUCGGAAUCGGUUGUAAGGACGGGAUCUUCUAUAUUGGUAUUGAUUUUAUAUUUCCAAGUUGGUAUAUUUUGGAGGACUUUGGUGCAACUGAGGAGGAAUAUGUUUAGCAGGAGUACCAGGGUGAUAACUUUGAGAUCGUCACUUAGGAGAUAACGAUAACUCUUGUUAUUGAAACUGGACAAUGGACCCGUUCAGGGUACUUCUAUAUAUCCUCACCUUCCUAAUAUAUGUGAUAGGACCCAUCUCAUCGUAUCGCCUCUGUGGGCGUGAACUGGCUGAUGCUCUAGCGGUCGUCUGCAAAGGGCGUGGCUACUAUAUCGACGAUUCAGAAAUUGCACAAAAAGAUUCGCCGAUUGUACCGCGUCAUGUCGCUUCAAGUUUCUUGGGUUCAUCCAGCGCAUCGACCCACAGUCGACAACGACGACGGGUUCGGACAGGGCAGAUCGUCAACGAAUGUUGCGAUAAAGAGUGCUCAAACAACAUCAUGGAAAGUUAUUGUAACAAAAGAACACCUGAGGUGCCUUCCGAGAGCGCCAUUUCUGAAAAUCCUUCAGGAGAGAGGACUGAAGACUCCACGGUGCGCACAAAUGACCAAUCGACGGAGAGGCGGACGGACGACACAGAUGACGCGACGAACCUCGAAGUGCCGAGUCCGGACGCGGACGCCCCCGACGCGACCGCGACGUCGGACGUUGAGCGACCGCUUCCAGAGGAAACAACCGCGGUCGAAAAGCCGAAGAAAAAAGACAAUGGUAGAGGCAAAAACUCCUCUUCAGAAUCAUCAACGAAAAAGAACAGGACUUCCAAAGGUAUGAGUAAAGAGGAGAGGCGGCGGAUUGCAAGUGAAGAAAGAAAAGCGAGUAGGGAAAGAAAGAAGGAACUCAGUCGGGAGAGGAGAAGGCGGUUGAAACUGCAGCAGAGGAAAGACAAAAAGAAGAAGAAGCGGUUGGAAUCUGCUGAAAGGAACAGAGGGACGGACCACAUGGGGCUGAGCGAAGAUUCGACGUUAUUGGCCAGGGAACCCUUAGGCAUUGAUGUGAGAAAGCGCUUCCAUCACACGCCGCGGUCAUCGAGAGAGCAAGCGUCAACCGCUACGCAUACGUCAGAUGACGACCCGGCAACGUCGCGGCACGAGCGUCGCCGAACGCAGGCUCGCCUCAGCUCGCGGGAAAGAAAACUGCAUAGAACGACGACAGCGACGGCGAGGGAAGAAUCUCAGCGUGACAGAAGGAACGUUUUGCAACGCCUAACAGGAAUAUUUCUCUGAUGAAUAUUUUCGAUGCUGGUGGAGGUUUUGUGUGUUCUGCAGGACUAUGCCCAUUCAUUUACAAAAGCGACGCUUGUUCAUGCAAUCUCAAGACACUGAUAUUAUCAGAGAUAUCCACGAAGUGAGCUCGUGAAGCUCGUGCUGCAUUAUGAAUGAAACGGAUUUGUCACGAUGACGAAGAAGGCUCGUGCUUUAUUAGGUCGUGCUUCAGAUAACCGGAACGAACUCGUAUCAUGACCUAGAUGAAGCAUAGUUACACUUCUCAAAGUAUCGACUUCUUACUAACACGAGUCUGCGACAUUGAUACGAUGCAUCUACGACGUUAGAAGAAGAAUGUCACUACGAUGUUAUCUAACUACGGAGUUAUAUUACAACUCAUGCUGAAAAGACAUCACGCAGGACACCUCCUUUCUGCAUGAGGCGAACACUGUGGGCUGUGAGGAUGUUGCUAAGCAACAUGAUAACUAUGCAAACUAAUUUGGUAAAUUACAGACACAUUGGACCAUAACGAUGACGUUUUCAACUGAAAUGCAAUCGUCAGAAAAGAUGAAAUGAAUUUUUACUGCCAACUGUAAAGGCUGAACAAAUGUCCAAUGUUUAGGCUGAACAAAUGGCUGCCUUUUUUAUAUUCUUAUUGUUUUAUUGACGACAAAGAUGAAAUGUUUUUGUAUCAAAUUUACCCUAACUGUAAAUAAAAUCCGAAUUUCCUAGAAACAUUUACAUAAUCAUCGUUAAAUGAAAGGGGUACUAUGUGUACAAUAACGACAGAUUUAAAAAAGGUCGAUUUCUUUCUAGAAAACAUCUAACCCCUUUGUAUUUUCUAGAUGUCAAUAAUAUUUAUAUUUAUUAUGGUCAAUAACCAAUCAUAAAUUUUGUGAUGUAUGAAAGUCUAUUGUUAUUUACUAUUUCAAAAUAUGACGAUAUUUCAAGACGUUAGAGAUUAAUGUGAAUUAUUUCCUAAUCAAUGUUUGGGGAUUUUUAACAAGGUGACCUUGAACAACUUUAUUUUUUAUGUUUACAUGGUAACCAGUUUGUCUGGGUGGAUACAAUCAUAAUUAUGAAAGGGGAUCUAACCUUUGAAAAUAUAAUUCAAUAGAUCUAUUCGUUAACGUAUUCUUCUGUUUGUAUAAAGAAUAAUGUAUUCAACUGAUUGUGAUAUUUUUGUAUUGUUUCCUAUUGACCGUAAUGAAAUAUGAAUUGUGUAAAUAUUCGUUUGGAAAAUCUGUAUUCCAUUUUUUUAUUUAAAUGCACUGUUAGAAUAAGACCCACGAAGGUGGGUCUGUAUUUAUUGAUUGGAAUAGUUAUUUUGGAAAAAUCCUGUUUUUCAUAUGCAUGUAAUAUUGGAUGCAAUUCCAUCGGUUUUAAACCCCCUCAUCCUUCUCAUACCAGUAUAUCCAUGGUAUUUAUAGCGCCAUCUACGAUGCCAAUUAGAGCUUCUCUUCCGCUUUCUGAUAAACAGCCAAUUACAUUUUGCCAGAUUGAAGCAUUAAUAAUUUAUGUUGAGAUUUACCUUUUUCUAUUUUCUAUUAACAAAAAAAAACUGUGUAGUGGUCUCUCUUGGUUUCUUUAUUUUUAAAUAUUUUCAUAGCAGCAUCGUAAUAAUGUGUAUCCUAUUAUGCACUUCUCAUUUCUAUUUCAAACAGUUCAAUCAUUAUUUAUUUCUUAAUUCGCGCAAUUCUUGAUAUUUUCUUGCAGCUCGUUUGAUGGAAAUCAUAAUUACGUUCAAAGUAUUGUAUUCAAAUUAUGUUCAAACAUUGUAUUCAACGUACAUCAUGCAGCUUGUUACCUAAUAUCACUUCUUAACUUCGUUAGUGAUUUCAUUAGCGAUUCGCAGAACAGUUUUCAUAUCCUACCACCCCACCCCCAUCCACUCUUUUCCCCGGGACAUGUGGUCAUGGCCAUGUUGCAUAAAACAUUGUAUUCAAUUGUAAAUGUUAAAAAUCAAUGCAAUUUAAUUUCAAUCGAUCUGGAGAGCAAAAAUUUAUAAGAUAAUCAUUGUACUUGUUUGAGUUGUUUUUCUCCCCGACAUUGCAACGAACCAAUAGUCGUGAAAAUUUACACGUUUCUUCAUGAGUUCCCCGGUAUUCAUUUUUGCAAUUAACAGAGUAUUUAUUUGGCUUCAAUAGCGGAUCCAACUUCAGAUCGCAUGGAUUAGAUUUAGUGGUAUUUUUUAAUAUCAUACUUAAGGGUCUUAACGUUCAAAACAAUUUUAAUUAUUCACAAUUGUAUUUGAUACUUAAAUUUGUCACUCUUUAGAAUUAUUAACGUUACCAACGAUAGUCUGUCUUUUGAUGGAGAAUCCACAUUAAUGAAAUUGAAUUGGAGAAACACGAAAACGGUGUACCAAUCAUUAUUAGUAUUGAUGAUGAAUAAGCUGGCUGACAAUAUACAAAUUAAUGUGUAUUCAAAAUUUGUAUUGCACAAAAGAUUGUAUACAUUCAAACAUAUGGCUGCAUUUGUUGUCAUUUUUGCUCGUAAAUAUUCGAGUUGCUUGUUUGAAAUUAAUUUUUUUAAUAACUAUUAUUGAGUUGAAAAAUGGAUAAGGAUCCAACUAGCAGAAAUGUAUUAUUCAACUUGACGCAAAUGUUAGUGUAACAUUUGAUAUCUAUGUAAUGCCUCAUUCGAAAAUACAUUUUGCAAUGUUUCCCUCAAUAUUUUCUACAACGUAUAUAACUUAAGUGGUUUCAUUUUUAUCUUAAUAAUGAGGGAGGAAAGUCUCAUCUUAUUUUUAUUUAUAAAACAUUUGGACAAAAUUCGUUUCUUCUACCUCUAUUAAAGUAUUCAAUGCAUAGGCAAUAAUAUCAACCGUAAAUCGCUACUUAUUAACAGAAAACGAAAUUUAAAUGAUGUAUUCGGUCUCAUUCUUAUUCAGUUUUUGUUUCGGAGAAUUUUGUCUCGCAUUCAACUCUUCUUUAAGUCACCAACUGCCCUAAAAACUAAUUUUCGGUGAUCGUUGAGAUUUAUUGUUAACUCUGUUAACUUUGAAUAAUAAGUGAUUUUGUAUGAUUAAUGACGAUAUUUCCCGUAAUGUUUUUAUGUUACUGUGGUUUUUCAUUUUUCAUAGACUCAAACCACUUUAUUAAGCUGCAUUUUAAUGACGAUAACGAGGCUGAUAAAUUAAGACAAUGAAAAAUAUCAAAAUAAAACAAAAUCUUCAGAUAGAAAAAUAUAAA